UGCGGGACGCCGGCAUCGGGAAUUUCUUGCGGUUUGCGCAGCUGCCGUAGACGGCACUGGUGGUGGUGGAACCUUGGCCUCGACCGGGGGCACCCAAUGGCGAAGGACUUCUUGCAGUGUCAGUGUCAAGCUGCGGGAACCGACGCUCUGGGAAUUGAUGAGCGAAGUGUACUGCCAUGGGGAGCUGCUGCGCACGGUACAGAUGAGCGAGAUCUACCCGGACUCAAAGACGUUCGUCGACAUGAAGAUGCGCAAAUCGCCGAACGACACGCUGGACGCGUUCCACGAGUUUAUGGUGGGCCAAAAUAAUGCACCCUCAAACGCGAAGCUGCUCGAGUGGGUGGAGGCGAACUUCGAAAAACCCGGGGCCGAGUUCGAGAACUGGAUCCCGGACGACUGGGCACCCCGGCCGCAGUUCCUCGCCCGCAUCCAGGAUGCCGAUCUGCGCGAAUUCGCCAACCAGCUGCACCAAAUCUGGCACCAGCUGGGACGCAAGAUGACGACGGAUGUGGCGCUCAAUCCGGACCUGUACUCCAUCAUUCACGUGGACAAUCCGGUGAUCGUGCCGGGUGGCCGGUUCCGUGAGUUUUACUACUGGGACUCGUACUGGAUCGUGAAGGGUUUGCUGCUGUCGGAGAUGUACUCCACCACGAAGGGUAUGCUGGAGAACUUCCUUUCGAUCGUGCAGCGGUUCGGGUUCAUCCCGAACGGUGGCCGGAUCUACUACAGUAUGCGCUCGCAGCCGCCGCUCCUGUGCGGGAUGGUGAAGGCGUACGUGGACGCGACGAACGACACCAAGUUCGCGAUGGACAGCGUCGAGACGCUGGAGCGUGAGUUUCAGUUUUUCAUGAACAACUACAUGACGGAGGUGCACAACCAUCAGCUGGCCACGUACGGGUACAAAUCGAGCGGCCCGCGGCCCGAAUCGUACCGCGAGGACGUCAAAACGGCGGCCAUCUUCGAGCGCGACGAGGACAAACAGGACUACUACUGUGAGCUGAAGGCGGCCGCCGAGAGUGGCAUGGACUUUUCGAGCCGCUGGUUCAUCAAGGACGGCACGAACGCGGGCAACCUGACCGACCUGAAGUGCCGCUCGAUCGUGGCGGUCGAGCUGAACGCGAUCCUCUACUGGAACGCCCUGAUCAUCGCGGAGUUUUACGGCCUACGGAACGACAUCCACUCGGCGGACAAGCGGCGAGAGUACCUGGACAAGGCGGAAGAGCUGCGGAAAGCGAUCGACGCCGUGCUGUGGGAUGAGCAGGAGGGCGCCUGGUUCGAUUACGAUCUGAUCAACAAGAAGCCCCGCAAGUACUUCACACCCACCAACCUGUCGCCCCUGUGGGUCGGAUGCUACGACAAGGGGGACACGGCGUUGCCGAAGCGCAUCCUCGCGUACAUCGAGCGGCUGCAGCUUGAUCGCUACCCGGGCGGAGUUCCCAAUACGCUGCAGAGCACCAACGAGCAGUGGGACUUCCCGAACGUGUGGGCCCCGAUGCAGCACAUGCUCGUGAUGGGCCUCGAUUCACUCGACAGCGCGGAGGCCAAGGAGCUCGCGUUCCGCUGGGGCCAACGGUGGGUGCGGAGCAACUACAUUGCCUACAACAAAACGCACGCCAUGUUCGAGAAGUACGAUGCCCAGGAACUGGGGGGCCAUGGUGGCGGCGGUGAGUACGACGUGCAGACCGGAUUCGGCUGGACGAAUGGGGCCGCGAUGGACCUGAUGAACAAAUACGGUGACAGACUGACGACAGCCGAUAAGGAAGGAAGUGACACGGCGCAGCCCGGGGACAACGGAAAUGGUGCGCUGGUGGCGUAUUCCGUCAACACGGGGCUCAUUGCCACGAUCAUUGCAUUCUUCGUGGGCGUAUUCGGGUGAGCACUUCAGAUCGUCUCGCAUAAACUCGCACGUGUUCCGUGUGUGUGAUAAAACCCGACAUUCGAAGCGUCCAAAUGUGAUAACCAACGCGUGCCGCGCGCGGCGCGCCGGCGAGGAGUGCCGCGGCCAUAACGGAGUAUUAUUAUUCAUUCCAUUUCCUCUUUCCAGUGCUCUGUGUCCCACCCUCUGCGCGUGUGUUGCAUGCGUUCAAGUAUUAGCUUAGGCAACAAUCCACAAAAAGUAACACAAAACAAGCACGCAGAAGAAGAGCGUUCCAUAUUAAAGCGUCUGUUGAAACUAAUCGUUGUUUAUAUUUCACUCUGUGUGGUCUCUGUUUUUCCGCUGAUUAGUUCCUUUCUCUUCUCUUCCUCCUUUAUUCGCGCCGACGACGAUUGUCAUCCGGCCCGUUUAUGUUUGUAUGUGU